CACCUCUGAAUCCCUCAACCCAGAUAUAUAAACAAGAACAUACAGAAAACAUGUAAAAAUAAACACAUGCAUCAGACACACAAAUACAUUCACAUACAGUAUGUACCUGGAGCAUUUGUACAUACUACAAAUAUACAUAUUGUAUAAGUAGGCAGAUUCACACUCUGUCUUUCCACACACACACACACACACACACACACACACAGUAUUGAUUUUUCCUGUCUUGUCAUCCCCCCGUCUCCCGGGCAGUGUGUGUAGCCUUAAGAGAAGAAGCCCUGCAUCAGUCUCGUCAUCCGCACUUCACAGUAAGCCACGAACGGGUAAGUCUCGAACUCGUUCCUUUUUUUCUUUACUCUUUAUACCUCUUUGGGCUAGACAGUAGAGCUACGGUCUCGCUUCACAUAAGACGGCGUUCAAUCCACGACCGUUCAAGAGGUCAGGCAUCAUACCUUUCUGUCUGUCCCAUCCCAAAUCUUUAUCCUGAUUCAUUCCAAGUGCUAUAUAGUCAUAAUGGCUCUGCACUUUCUACUGAUAAUUACCUUCAUUGUACCUCUUAGGUAUAGGGAAGAUUAGAUUAGGUAAUUCUCUCCAGGUGGCCUAUUUUUUCCUCCAAAUAUGUCAGAUAUGACCUAAAUAACCUGUUUACCGAUUUCAACAGUUUAGCCACUUGCACACGUUCUUAGCUAAUGUGGCUUUUUAGAAGGUUGGCUGCUAUUACAGUGAUUGUAACUUUAACUUGUAUGAUACAUUUCUGCAUCAAUUAGCAUUCAUGAAUCUCUUCAAUUUUUUUUCAAGUCUGCUGUGUACAGUACUGCAUUUUUCCCCACAAAGUAUAAUUUUGCUGCAACAUUAUCUUGCAAUCAUCAUAACAUGCUCAACAUUUCAAUUACCAACGUGAAUCGUGUCCCCAGGUCAGAGAAGAUUGGCCGUGGCUCCUGAGAUUGGGUGCGAGAGACAGGACGACCUUUUUUCCACAAAUGUUUGUGAAUCGGGUCAAGUCCUUGCCAGUGAUGCAUGAUGCUCUUUCCCUGGCUUCCUCCCUCUACCACACCACCAAGGACAAGCAGUAUGUGGGUGUAGCUGUGCAGGUGGCAGCGGUGGCUGUGGGGGCUACAGCCAGCAAAGCUUUAUCUCUGGCCUCACCCCUGGUGGAGCAAGGGGGUAGAUGGGCAGCCCUAGAUGAAUUGGCAUGUAAAGGUCUUGACUGUGUUAAACAGGCAGUGCCAAUCAUCACUAAACCAACUAAAGAAAUUGUGAGUAUUACCCGCAAUGUGGCACUCUCUGCCCUGGCUGGUGUUAACACCUCGGUGCCUCCACCCACCAUCGGAGCCGCCCUUGCCUCUCGUACCACUCGAAUGAUGUGGUGUGUGGCCGAGAGCAAAGGAGGUCGUGUGGCACUGAGCACGGCAGGCAGUCUUCUGGACACAGCUCAUAUAUAUCUAGACACUUAUCUACCUCCUGCCAAAGUUGAUCUUUAUAAUUCAGAUGGCCAAGACGGGCCACUUGGAGUGAAGAUGGUAGCACUGAGCAAUAAGACACGUCGUCGUUUCAAACGGUGUGUCCAUACUCGCCUCAAUGUCAACUGUAACCAAGACCUGGAUGAUGAUGAUGAUAUUAUCAUCACUUCUGGCCACUUGCUGGAGCUUGGACGACGCUCGCUGCUCAACUGGCACCAUCACAUGAGCCAGCUGCACUACACUCUGCUUGUGACAGGAAUUGCAAAUAGACUCAGCACACUGGUGAUGGACAGAGUAAACACAAUGCACACUGCUGUUGUACAUGGCAUGGGCAUAGUCCACACAUUGGCUAAAGUUGGAGUGGGACAAGUGUUGAUGAUGGUUACAAGUGACAGGGCAGAUUUAGUGAUGGUGGGUGGGUUUCACAUGGUGAUUGAUGUUGUGGGGAACACAGUGUGCUUCAUGAAUAAGGCAGUGGCAAGAGGUGUGGAACUGGCUCACAUUAUAGUAAUAAAUGGAAGGUAUCUAUCUCAAAGGGUAAGGAAGGAUCGAUUGGAUGUUGUGUGUGCUGUGACGGUAAUGGGAGAUAAAAUGAUACAGUGCAGGAUGAUGGAAGUGGCAGACAUGGCAGGCACUGUAUUGGCAGGUGGAAUGGGCAUAGCUCAUGAAGUAGUGAUGAAAAGCAAAGGCGUGGCACACAGCUUUACAUCCAGAAGCAGGAAGACAAUAAAACAGAUAGCAAGCUUCAUUCACCCUACCGUCACCAGUUUAGCUCUCUUUGAAUAUGCUCAUCUGAGAGCUGUUAUUGCUCAUUUGAAAACACAGCAGCAAGGAGUGAUCGACCAAGUUGCUCUUGGGUAUGCAUGGGUUAUCCCAGAAGUGAGGGCAUGGCUGGCCUCUCUCAUUCAUCUCCAUUUAUCUUCCAAUCACAAGGUACAUGAAGAGUGAUUUUUCCAGGAUAAAGUUGCAGAUGCACCAGUGCAGGUGGUGGAUGUGUUGCAAUAGGGACCUUGAAAAUGGACAUUUUCUCUCACCUGAUUAACAUUCGUCAAGUACAGAUACUUUGUUGUUCCCUCUACUUUACAUUUGUAUUAGCCUUAUUCUUUAAGCUAUUCAAAGUAAUAGUGUGAGAUGCAUGUAACAAAUGUUUUAAGAUUAUUUAAGUGUUUUAGGGUGCAAUGUGAACACAAGGGUAACGGGAGUAGAAUGUGAAAAGAUCAGUCAAGUACUGUAUAACAAAUAUGAUGAUAAUUUAUAAAAAUUGUUAAGGAAAGUAAGCACAGCCGAGAGACUGGUGGAUGAGUAAAUGGGAAUGAUAAUCAUUAGAAUGGGAAGUCAACAGUUGAAUGUUGAAUGUCCUUGUUGAAUGUCCCGACGUCCAGGACGAGCGUGUCUUGCUUUCAGACUGUACUUGGCAGUCGCAUAUCUCUCGAUAGAAUUCUUGGCGAAUUGGAUACUUAUCGUUCGACUUGCACGUUUCUGUUCUCGUAUUGGCAUCCUUGGUGAUAUUUAGCACCCUCCGAUUAUUCCGCACAUUUGAUGUUGCUACAUAGCCUUCCCGGUUUGGUGCCUUCUUGAUAAUUACUUGUGAAAUCGGCUCCAAUACACAGCAUGCAGAACAUGAACCUUAGUCCUGGCUUUGUUGCAGUCAACUGUUCCCUUUCACAGUACAGGUGCAUACUUGCUCUAACCGUCCUAACUAAUGUGAUCUGACUUUGUAGGAAAGUGACCUUAUAGGGAGCAAAAUUCUUUCAUCACUAGAUUAAUCUUCAUCAGUUUUCUUUAAUUUUACAUUUCUAUUUAUACCCUUUUCCUUCACUGUUCCAGUUUCUCUCUUCUUGCCUUUUUGUUCUUUUCAUCAUAUCUUUAUUAAUUCAUCUGUUAUUCUGUCUUUCUAUUUCAUAACGUGCCAUUUUCAUUUCUUCAUUUUCUGAUGUGCUGUAUCACAGGUCACUAUCUCUCAUGCCCCCCCCCCCUCCAUUUAAA